AUGAGGUGGCACAAAGAAGACCGUAUAGAAGAUGGUGAGCUGAGACAUCCAGCUGAUGCAGAGGCUUGGAAGCAUAUUGAUAAGACUUUUCCCAAUUUCGCUCAUGAAUGCAGAAAUGUUAGACUUGGGCUUUCUAGCGACAGAUUCAAUCCAUUCGGGGUUAUGAGUUCAGGUAAGCAUGCACCGGGUAAUGAUAUUGAUGUCUACUUAGAGCCCUUAAUUGAUGAGCUAAAACAGUUAUGGUCGGAGGCUUAUGCUAAUCUUUCUGAUUUGUCUACAAAAGGCAAGAGAUGGUUGCCCUCGGGCUACAAAUACAGAAAACUGAGCAAUAAGUUUGACGGCACUGUUGAGACUAGGAAUAAACCAUGUCAAAUGACUAGUGCUGAUAUUGUAAAGUUGCUUGAGCAUCUUCCUAAAAUUAGAUUUGUUAGAGGCUCCGGCAAAAAGAAAAAGGCACUGAAGAGGAAGAGAGCAUUCCAACGGGCACAUGUUGAUAAUGGAGUCAAUAAAUUACCAAAGGGAUGGAGUAAAUUCAGUAUCUUCUUCCAGCUGCCAUACUGGCAAAACCUUAAAAUCAGGCAUAACUUGGAUGUCAUGCAUAUUGAGAAAAAUGUUUGUGACAACAUAGUUUCAACUCUCCUUCAAGAUCCUAAUAAGUCAAAGGAUGACCUAAGGGCUCGUCAAGACUUAGCUGCAUUGAAUAUUCGGGAAGAUUUGCAAGCAGAAGAUGUGCAGGAGAGGAAGCUCUUAGGCCUAAAGAUCCAUGAUUAUCACGUUCUUCUACAUCAAUUUCUCCCGGUUGCAUUGCGUAAUAAUAUGGAGAAAGAAGCAUCAAAAAUUAUUAUGGAGUAUUGUGGGUUCUUCAGAAAAUUGUGCUCGAAAGUUAUAGAUGUGAAGGAAUUUAAAAAGCUUGAAACAGAAGUAUCAUUAAUUUUAUGCAACCUGGAGUUAAUAUUUCCUCCUUUCUUUUUCACGGUCAUGGUCCAUGUUACUCAACAUCUAGCCAGCGAGGCAAUCAUUGCGGGUCCUGUAUCUUACCGUUGGAUGUACCCAAUUGAGAGAUAUUUGGGGUUUAUGAAGCGCCUAGUUCGCAAUCGAGCUCAUCCAGAGGGUUCUAUGGCUGAAGGUUACGUGACCAACGAAUGUCAUACGUUUGCAUCAUGUUACAUGUGCAAUCGCGUAAAAGCUGAUCAGCCCCCAACUAAGGAGAAGAAACUCGUAAAAUAUCCAAGAUCUGACUUGGAGCAGGUUGAUAAAGACGUUCUUGCUGGUGUCAUAAUCUCUGAAGAUAAUUUAGUUCACGCACAAUGUCCUUACUUUGAAGUGAGACGAUAUAGUGAACACAUCAUUAAUGGGUAUAAGUUUAAAACAGUGGCAACCGAUGAUAAGAGGGUAACACAAAAUAGUGGGGUCAUGGGCUAUUUUGUUCAGGAAUGUUUUUCUAGCGUAAGAGAUCAAAACUCAGUUGAAGCUGACAUCUUAUAUUAUGGCCAGUUGGAAGAUAUUGUUGAGAUAAUUUACGGCUAUGAUAAUUUGGUAGGCAUCGAUUAUUCUUCACCCGGAGCCACUGAUUCAUAUGCAGAGCCCUCCCACACUAUAGAGGGUUCUUGGACACCAUCGUCUUCGCAUCAUACGCCGGGGGCUGAGUUGCGUUCGUGGACCCCUGACAUCCCUGAUCUACCAUUGCCUCCAGACUCAAUCAUAUCAAAGACAAAUGCUUUGAAGUAUCAUCCACGUGCACUCAAAAGGCUAGAUGAACUAAAGCUUAUGAUGCAAGUUAGAAAGCAAGUUGCAAUCGCUGCGAGGGAUAGAGAAGUGGGGCAAAACGAGAUGCAACUGGACCGGGAGGAUGUGGUGGAAGCAAGCCUGAUUCCAAACAGGUACCGAGAGGCUUUCGGGGAAUUCUUCAGUGGGGUUGAUAACUUGCCGAUCGGCCCGUGGUCAAAAGAGCUGAUGUAUUUGCAAUGA